CCAGGCUGAACUAAAGCUAUAUAAUAUUACUUGUUUUAGAUAAAGGUCAGUGCAGGAUAAAGACAAAGGUCAUUUUUAUUGAGAUGAAUUGCACAUAGCCAUUCCUAUGUUUUACCUGUGGAGAGCAGCAAUAGGCUCGGAUGAGAGUAAGCAGCCUCAGAUGUGAGCAGAGGAAGAAAGCGGAGACGUCACAUGGAGAGAUGCUGCCAGCAGUAGCUGCUUCACCACUAAUCACACAACAUUAACAGAACCAGCUAACUGUUACUACCAGCUAACCUAGCCUGGAUACAUGCUUCGCCUUUGAUUUAUCGUACGUCUGCACAACGUUAGAUUCAACGACAGUGCAAAAAGAAAAAAAAACAAAAAAACGGGAAACAACAUUACGGUCACACACAGUUAUCGUGGCCUCUUCUUGCACUCAGCUGGCAGGAUAAAUUGCCUUGGCUAGCGUCAGGCUAGCCCGCUAGCUAGCUAGCUACUCAGAUCGCUAGCGGUAGUUAGCUAGCUAGCGAGCUGUAGUAACUUGCGUCAUGGAUGAACUAGUCGUGGAAGUGCGGGGGACAAGUGGGGCCUUCUAUAAGGCUUUUGUGAAGGAUGUUCAUGAAGGAUCAGUCACUGUGGCAUUUGAAAACAAUUGGCAGCCGGAGCGUCAGAUCCCAUUCCAGGAUGUGCGAUUUCCUCCUCCAACAGGGUUCUGCAAGGAGAUUAAUGAGAGCGAUGACGUCGAGGUAUAUUCCAGGGCCAAUGACAAGGAGCCAUGUGGAUGGUGGCUGGCCAAGGUUCGCAUGGUCAAAGGAGAGUUUUAUGUAAUAGAAUAUGCAGCAUGUGACGCUACGCUAAAUGAGAUAGUGACGCUGGAGCGGUUACGGCCGGUCAACCCGAAUAAACCAGCCACCAAAAACACCUUCAUCAAGAUCAGACUGGACGUACCUGAGGAUCUACGGCAGAUGUGCUCCAAGGAAUCAGCACACAAAGACUUCAAAAAGGCCGUGGGAGCGUUCAGCGUCAUCUAUGACUCAGAGAAAAAGCAGCUGGUCAUCUUGUCGGUGAAUGAGGUGACAACAAAGCGGGCCAAUAUGAUGAGCGACAUGCACUUCAGGAGCCUCCGCACCAAACUCUCUCUCAUGCUGAGGAAUGAAGAGGCCAGCAGACAACUGGAGAGCUCCAGACAGCUUGCAUCGCGGUUCCAUGAACAGUUUGCUGUUCGGGAUGAUUUAAUGGGUCUGGCUAUCGGGACACACGGGGCCAACAUUCAACAAGCGCGUAAAGUCCCUGGAGUCACUAACAUAGACCUGGACGAAGAGACAUGCACCUUCCACAUAUACGGAGAGGACCAGGAUGCUGUCCGUAUAGCCAGGAGUUUCCUGGAGUUUUCUGAAGAUGUCAUUAAAGUUCCCCGGAACUUAGUAGGGAAGGUGAUCGGAAAGAACGGCAAACUGAUCCAGGAGGUGGUUGAUAAGUCUGGCGUGGUGCGGGUUCGUAUCGAGCCAGAGAAUGACAAAAAGCCCUCGGCAGCAGCAGCGGCAGCAGCAGACGAGGGAAUGGUGCCAUUUGUAUUUGUGGGGACCAAGGAAAGCAUCUCCAAUGCUACAGUACUGCUGGACUACCACCUCAACUACCUGAAGGAGGUGGAUCAGCUUCGUCUGGAGCGUCUUCAGAUUGACGAGCAGCUGAGACAGAUAGGAGGGGGAGGCGGCGGAGGAGGGACGGGCCCUCGGAACCCCAAAGACAAAACCUACGUGUUCGAUAACGGCACGGGGCUGGGCAUGGGGAGAGGAGGAGGAGGAGGGAAGCCCUACGCAGGAGGUGGAGGAAGAGGUGGCAGAGGGCGAAGAGGAGGCAGCGCAGCUUUUGCUUCAGGCACCAACUCCGAGGCGUCCAACGCUUCAGAGACAGAGUCAGACCACAAAGACGAGCUCAGCGAUUGGUCGCUGGCCCCCACCGAGGAGCUGAUGACAGGAGGCGGGACCCUGCCCAGACGGACAGAUGGGAGGAAGAGAGCAGGCGGCGGAGGACUGCGAGGACGAGGGGGGAGAGGAAGAGGAGGGGGAGGAUAUAAAGGUGAUGACUUGCAGUGGAGCGAGCCAAGACCUCGUCAUAUCAGAGACCCCAAGACGAGAGGGCAGGAAGACACACUACAGAUCCGUGUGGACGGGAACAACGAGCGUAGCGUGCAGCACUCCUCGGGGCGAGGAGGAGGAGGAGGAGGAGGAGGGCCUUCUUCAUCCCAGGGUGGCAUCAGUGCCGGCGGUGAGGGCCCAUCCCGCCAUCAUCACCGACCCAUCAGAGAACGAGGGAUGAAGAAGGACAAACAGGACGCUCCUCCGCUGGUGAACGGAGUGUCGUAGAUACACCACUGGAGGACCUGCUCACUUAGACACACACACAUUCAAAAAUACACACACACACACAUACAUACAUACACAGGCAACUCGUCAUAAAACAUCGUAGAGUCUCUCUCGCUUUUUCUUUCUCUGUCUUUGUCAGACACAUACACAAUACACAUAUUUCCAUCAGCAUGGAAGAGUUUGCCGUAGUGAAGCAGACCAGAGGUGAUCUGGAAUCUGCUGGUCUGCUCUGCUGAGGUCCGCUCUGGUUUCAGUGUACUGGUCUGGUCUGGCAUCUCCUGGUCCUGUCUGGAGUAAAAGAAACCGCACUUUUUGGACAAAUGGACAGGAAGAGGAGGGGUUUUGACAAAAGCUGAUCUCUUACAGAGGCAUUAACCCCAAACAUACUCUCUCCCCAUCAAAUGCAAAUAUUAGCUUUUUUUUUAAAAAAUCAACUCAAUUGGAAGAUUUUUUUUUUAUUCCACUAUCCUGUUUGGGCAAGCUGACAUGAGAAAAAAGAAACAAGUCAAAUAAAUCAAGGAAAUAAUUUCUUGACAAGCAGAACAGAGGAAACAAGGAAUUCCAGAAGGCAGGAAAACAUGUUCCUUCCCUGUUCUCCUUGCUGCACACCGUAACCUUAUUUUUACUGAAAAUGGGGAAAUGUGGAGAAGAUCUGACAGCACACAGUUUAAGUAGCGUCAGUGUUUCCCAUAAGUGGAGAAUUUGUUUGUGGUGGUCUAAAUCCAGCUCAUGAGAGUGAGCUGCAAAACUGCAUUGUUUUCACAAGUUAACAACAGGGUAGACAAGUCCUUUUGCAUCUUUCAUCUGCAUUUCCAGAGAUGUAUGAACUUCAGAAUAAAUAAAUUGCAGAAUACAAAAUCUUUUUUUUAGAAGGGGCACCCAAGUAACUUCUACAUAUGAGAACCGUGUAGCUUUGGGAAUUCAGACUGGAAGUUUGUAGAGGGCACUCAUGAUUUUUUUCUUUUGUUUAAUUUGAGCCCUGAUCACCAUGUAGACACUUGAGCAAAUCAAACCUGCUUUUGGUGUCAGCGAAGUGGAGAGGAUUUCACAGUGUCCAUGUUUCAGGAUGAAAUAUGAACAAGUAUGCAUGGGUGUUUUUUUUUGUUUGUUUUUUUUUCCUGUGGCAGUCCACAUGAGCCUACACACACUUAUCUAAUUGAAGUCAUCUGUGUUUUCUUUCCUGUUGCCUACGUAAUGUUAAAUUCCUUUAGUCUCUGACUGUCAGACCACACAUGAAUUCAACAAUGUGUAGGAGAAACAUAAAUCCAAGGCACUCUGAUGCAAAUAAACUGUUAAAACGCUUUUACUAGCACAAGGUUGAACAAAGUAUAAAUUACAAUAAGUCUUCAUCAGGGUACAAAAUGUCAUGAACUGCUGUCCAGUGGCAAACACUGACACUUCAGGAAAUCACACAAAACCUCUAAAGCCACAGUACCUGCAGUAAACCAUAAAACCUAUAAAAAUGUGGCAGUGGUCAAAGGAUUAUAAAUACAAGGGCCAGAAACACAGGUAAAACCUGUGAAGUCACAUAACCAAAGCCCAUACUGUAAUACAGUGAUGAAUCAAAGUUCUGCGUCACAGAAUCCAACCUAUCCAGACACAUUCAGCACUGUAACAGUUUCAUGGAGUUUCAUUUUCAGUGGUGCAGUCAGCAGCAGUGGAUCUUCUUGGUUUUUUUACAGUGAGGUACCAUUAUCUCAAUACUCAUUGAUCUCAUUGGUAAAUACCAGUCAACAGGUGUAAAACAUCUUGUACUAGACCAAUAGGAGACUGUAAGCUAGACUCCUUUUUGAAUUAGUUCAAUUUACCAAAUCGGUCAGUUAAAUUCAUACAGUAUCUCAGCUUCCAGUCAAACCUGAUGAAGGGCCAGUUUACGAUGGCUGACCACAACUGAUUACUGUUACUGCAGCACAACAUCUCGAAUCUACAACCAGCCUGAUGAGUCACAUGAGUUUUUCUUGAAUUUCUGAAAAAAAAAAGAGAAUAGUGAAUGAAUAAACGUUCAAGAGAGUGAUUAAAAAAAACCUUUUUGUCUGUAUUUAGAACACCUGAUAAGUAUAUUUUGUUUUGUUAUAUUACAGUAGAAGUAACAAAUUCAUUGAGUUAUACCUUGAUAAAAUAAAAUAUUGGUGUAAAUUUCAUUGUUCUUGGAUUUCCAGCGUAUUCCUGGCCUGUCCCUCUUCAACGUUUUUUGUAAUCUUACUCUAUUUAGUUAAUUUUGUCAGUUUCAUAUUGUAAAUGGUAGUAGGGUGGAUGAAGGAGUCUGGCUUGUAACAAAUCCAAACAGAUUUUCUUUCAGUUACAACAAUUUCAGUACUCUUAAGUUGAUUGUCAUACUUCUGCAUCAUUGAAGUUGGCUGCAAUACUACCUCCCUGGCUUUCUAACAUUUCAUCACAUGUUAAUACCACAGUAUCAGGUCCUGUUCUGUGACCAUGAAGGGUGCAAUAAAUUUUUUUGUAGUGCGUUUAUCACUUGACUAAGUCACAGUUAAGUGUAGUGAAACUGCUCUAAACCAGAAUAUAAAAUCAAGUUUAAUGGAGCAAGAUUUUGAUCUCCCCUGUGUUCACCACAGUCAUGGAGCUGCAGCCUGUGAGUCCUCUGCCGCUCCUUAAAGAGGCUUUUUAACAGGUCACAUUUAUAUCUGUGCCUUGGAUUUAAGCUUCUCCAUUGCUGUAAAUGUGGCCCAUUCUUAAGAGCACCUGACUGCUUUUAAUACUGUUGGUUAAAACCUUUUGGCCCAUGCACCGCUCUUUUCUGUUGCUUUACCUACUUGUUUGGGAUAUAUGUUUGUGUUUUGUUACAUAACAAAAUGUACUUUCAAAUACUUAAAAAGCUGGUUUCCUGAGCCAGCAUGUCACAUUU